GGCGCUGAGAGCGCAGCACCUCUUCUCUGACAGCACAUGCACUGAUCUCAAAGGGCUUCGGAUUAGGACUGAACGUUUCACUUUUGGUCUUUUGAGAGUGUAUGCGUACACGGUUCAUCUUUUAGGCUCCUUGGUAAAUCGUGAUGACCACAGUGAAUGACAUUUCGUUUGGAGACUGGGGUCCCUGAGGAAAUGAAUUGUUCUGUAUUGUGUUGUAUGUGAUGUGUUUCACGUGUCUGCGCACCACAGUGAGGUAGUUUGACUGACACGUGUUUCCACGGACCGUUAAAUGCCCGGGAUCCGGCUUUGGGUGAUCGAUACGGUGGAUGCGGCGGAGAGAAAGACCGUUCUGUGAUCACCGAGAGCGGGGACAAUAUGAAGUCUCUCAGAAAGUGGAAUUCCGCCCGGACCAUUUGGAUUAUGUAUCCAGAGAUGAUUCUUUUUCCAGUUCUUUGGUUUUUAUCUCAAACUCGGGCGGCCCCGUCUAUAACAGCCGAGCAGAUGGAUAUGGGGGUGGAUUGGUUAAGCAAGUUUGGCUAUCUCCCGCCCCCUGAUCCUGUGAAUGGACAAUUACAGACUAAGGAGGCUUUGACGAGGGCUAUCAAAGCCAUGCAGAGGUUCGGAGGCCUGAAAGAAACUGGAGUGCUAGACCCAGCAACCCUGGGCUUAAUGAAGACCCCUCGUUGCUCGCUGCCAGAUGUGUCAGAGCUGGAUAUGUCAGCAGGCAGACAAAAACGAGCGCUAGCUCCUCAGAAUAAGUGGAAUAAGAGGCAUCUUUCCUGGAGGGUAAGGACGUUUCCAAAGGAGUCAGCUUUGCUGGGCCGGGAUAUGGUGCGGGCGCUUAUGUACUACGCCCUGAAAGUGUGGAGCGAUAUCGCUCCUCUCAACUUUCAUGAGGUGGCGGGGAACGAGGCAGACAUUCAGAUUGACUUCACCAAAGCGGAUCAUAAUGACGGAUACCCUUUCGACGGACCCGGUGGAACAGUAGCCCACGCAUUCUUUCCUGGAGAACGAUUCACAGCGGGUGAUACGCACUUUGAUGAUGAUGAAGCAUGGACCUUCAGAUCGCCAGAUUCUCAUGGAAUGGACCUUUUCGCAGUGGCGGUGCAUGAGUUUGGCCACGCCAUAGGGCUCGCACACACCUCUGCAAUUGAGUCCAUCAUGCGUCCGUACUACCAGGGCCCUGUGGGCGACCCGCUCAAGUACAACCUCCCGUACGAAGACAAGAUUCGCGUCUGGCAACUUUACGGUGUUCGGGAGUCCGUAUCGCACACGACGCAGCCAGAUGACCCCUCUCAAACGGCCGAACCUCCCGUCCUGCUGGACCUCCCUGAAAACAGAUCCACGAUACCACCUGCCCAUGAUGCCCCUGACAGAUGCACUAGCCACUUUGAUGCUGUAGCCCAGAUUCGAGGAGAGGCCUUCUUUUUCAAAGGAAAGUAUUUUUGGCGUCUGACACGUGAGAAGCACCUGGUGUCCUUAAGGCCGGCUCAGAUCCAUCGCUUCUGGAGGGGUUUGCCAACAAACCUGGACAGCAUAGAUGCUGUAUACGAGAGACCUGGAGACCACAAGAUAGUGUUCUUUAAAGGUGGGAAAUAUUGGGUGUUCAAGGACAAUAAUGUUGAAGAGGGCUACCCACGGCUUGUCACUGAUUUCGGACUGCCUGCGGAAGGAGUGGAUGCAGUAUUUGUCUGGCUGCACAAUGAGAAGACCUACUUCUUCAAGGACAACCGAUACUGGCGCUACGAUGACCAUCUGCGGCGCAUGGAUCUCGGCUACCCGAAAGACACAGCGCUGUGGAAAGGGAUCCCAUCUCAACUAGAUGACGCCAUGAGGUGGUCUGACAGAGCGUCAUAUUUCUUCAAGGGAAAGGAGUACUGGCGCGUGGCGGGCAGCGAUAUGGAGGUUGAAGCGGGUUAUCCCCGUCCCAUCGGCAAAGACUGGCUGGUGUGCACGGAAAUGCAGUCAGACUCCCCGGAGAUGCAGAACAAUUCAAACACAAGGCUUCACGGGCAGCACCAUGCAGAUCAUGCAGAAAAUGGCUACGAGGUGUGUUCCUGCACUUCGGACUCAGCCUCCCCGUUGGGGACGCGACUGACCCUCUCGCCCGCCUGGGUGUUAGCGCCGCUCUGGACGCUCACACUCGCUCUCUCCUCUGCUCCUCUCUGAUAAGGGCAGAGCCACAGGCCUGUACUCAAAAAGACUCCAGGAGCAGAACAUACAGCAGCCUGUGGGUAAAGGAGAGCGUUGAGAGGCUCUUGAAAAGCCUUUCACCAGCACCGGACUGAUGGAAAGGCCUCAGCACUUCAGCCAAGAGAGGGAUUGGAUCACAUUAACAUUUUCCUUUUUCUGUUAAUUUUUGGGUGAUGCUUUUUGUUGUUGUUGUUUUUUCCAGAAACUGGAAAUUCUAUUAUUAUUAUUAUUAUUAGUGGUGCUUGCUAUUGCUUAUCUGAUCAAAGGGUGAAAAACUGCUUUAGAUUGACCAUCAGGCUAUCCAAGAUGUAAAUGAGUUUCUUCAUCAGAACAGAUUUGGAGAAAUAUAGCAUUACAUCACUUGCUCACCAAUAGAACCUCUGCAGUGAAUGGGUGCCGUCAGACUGAGAGUCCAAACAGCUAAUGAAAACAUUAUAAUCCACAAUUAAUCCACACGAGUCCAUCAGUUAACAUCUUGUGAAAGAAACAAAAACCAGAUUCUCAUCCUGACGGCACCCAUUCACUGCAGACGAUCCAUUGGUGAGCAAGUUAUGUGAUGUUAAAUUUCGAAGAAACAAGCUUAUCUACAUCUUGGAUGGCCUGAGGGUGAGUAAUUUUUCAGCAAAUUUUCAUUUUUGGGUGAGCUAUUCCUUUAACCCCAAGUAUUAAACUUCUGUGCGUAAUUUAUCUCACACCGUUUGUGCUAAAGACAUAAAUGAUACCUCAAAUCAAGCCGCUCGUUGAGGUGUGCUGUUAAUUUAUCAGACCUACGACUUCACCUGACAGACAAUAAAACAACUGAAAAAUCCUGCAGGAGGGUUAUGAGCCAUAUUUAGGAUCCAAAAUAUCAUAGAGACUUGUAAAAAGGUGUUUAAAAAUUAGUUUUUUCCCAUGGUGCAAGUGUGUUUUGCACAAGCAAGCAUCACUAAUAUUUUAUUAUGAAAGUAAAACUGUAUUAUUAUUAUUCAAAACAUAUGAACAUUCUUUAUCAGAUUUAAUUAUUUUGUUUCCGAAUAUUUUGAUAUCAAGAGAUUACAGUAACCAGCUUUCUGAGGCGUAUCCAGAGCCAAUAACAGUAAUGAUCAUAAUGAUAAUGAUAAUAAUGAUAGCGAUUGUAGUAAUGUUGCUGAUAUCGAGAAGGAAUCUCACGAAUAGGGCUUCCGGCUGGCUGCCGUUCAUAGGCAUCAUGGGAUACCAUGAGUCACAACCUUAAAACCUUCCCUCACUCCAAGUGCUUUAAGAAUCCUGCCAAUCAUCUUUAUUGGCACCUUUUCGGCUCGUUUCUUACUAAAAGCGUAAUCCUUUACUUAUUCUACGGGUUCCUUAAUGUAACCGUCUCCUCCUCGUCCUCUCUGAUCCUCAUAUUCCCAGUGUCUUAGCAUCUUUUUCUUAUUAGUCUGCCUUGUUCGAAGCAAUUAUAUUUACUCUCAUCUUCAGUACUGACUGUUUUAGUAAUAACCACCACAAAAUCAUCACUCUAAAGCAAUGACACUUACUUAUGAUUACAGUCGACUGUAUUUUUGUAAUGAACACCAGUUGUUUAGUUUAUCACGGCCAUGCAUGAAGCUGGAUUCACAAUGCCUGGAUCAGCACAGCUAGAAACAUUUGGUUAUACAAUGAUUUUUGUCUUUAAAAGUCGGUUUCAACAGUCAGAGAGGGUUAUGAGAAAUAAUUCAACAGACUGGGAGGAUGUUUGACUCAUAUCCCGGGCUGCUGAGAGUGCACUCUGAUUAUAUAUGUAAAGAAAUGCUUAUAUACUAUAUAUAAAUACAUAAACAUAUAUAUUUAAGGUAAAAACUUCUAUGGCAGUUGCAAAAAACAAUGUACAUUCUGAGCUGUCUUUUAUAAGGUGAAAUAUUUUUGUAGAAAAAUAAAGAAGA